UUGAGCUGACUGACAACAUUGGGACAUUUUGUGAUUCAAUUGAAUUUGACACUAAGAUCAGUUCGUAUCAACAGAAACAACAUUUAAAUAACUAAAAGGUAGACAAAGCUAAGUACGAAAAAUUAUGAUUUUGAGCUAGUUGUGCAACUUUAAUUAUCAACAACUUAAUUAAAGUUGAAAAGAAUUCAUAUCAGCAUGCCACUGCUACCAGCGUGUACCUUCGCAUCUUUAACUCUAACAGCAAUUACUUACAUUGCUGCACAAGAUCAAAAUGCCGAACAGCUGUUUGGCGACAUUUACUAUGAGAUUGGAAGUUUUUCCUUGCGUUAUAACGAUCCGAAUGGUCGCGGUAAUAAGUGUCAGCGGGAAGUGCCCGCCCGCUACUUUCAAACCUCACCUGCUGCCCCCAUACGCGGCAAUGGCUCAACAAUUCACUGGCAACGCAUCGAAGUCUGCUGCGAAGGUUAUAUGCGAUCACGCUUCGAUCGCGAUCAGUGCAUCCCAGACUGCUCCGGAGUCUCACCAAACAAUUGUCGCAAUGGCCAUUGCCAUGCGCCCAAUCAGUGCGUAUGCUUUGCCGAGUUUGUGCGCAACGACCGUGGCGAGUGCGUACACACCUGCCCAAUUGCCUGUGAGCAUGGACGAUGCUACUUAAAUGGCACAUGUCAAUGCGAUCCGGGCUACACAUUGGAUUUGGAGACGCGAAAAUUUUGUCGCGCCCAGUGUUCGCAGGGUUGUGGCACGCAUCAACAGUGCGUGGCGCCGGGAAAGUGCGCUUGUACGGCGGGUUAUAAAAUGACAACAGAUCUGGGUUGCCAGCCAGUUUGUAUACCCGAUUGUGGGCAUGGCAAGUGCGUGGGUCCGAAUAAGUGUGAAUGCUUCAAGGGAUAUAUUAAGCGUCCAUUGCGGAACGUUUGCGAAGCUGAGUGCUAUAUCUGCGAAAAUGGUUUCUGUGAAUCGCGUAAUAAUUGUCAGUGCCGUAAUGGCUACAAAUACGACAUGGAUACCACCAGCUGCCUGCCUGAUUGCGGCGAGAAUUGUCGUGAUGGUAUUUGCGUGGGACCUGGAAUAUGCAAGUGCUUUGAAGGAUAUGAAUAUAGUGAAGCUAAUUGUGAGCCAAUAUGUGACAGGGAUUGCGGCUACCAUGGCAGUUGCAUGGAACCGGGCGCAUGCGGUUGCAAGCUAACUAAGCAGCUCUGUAUAUCAGGACUCUGUGAUCGCAGCGGACGUUGUAUUUGUCCAAUUCGAAUGUCGCAUUUCAUCGAUAGAUGUGUCGAAGCAGCGCAACUAAAUGAGAUGAUGACUGGCUACGAGCAAAGAGAACAUUUCAGUCGACAGUUGAGACGUGAAUUUGAAAUACUUAUAGGCAGUAAAUUUCAAUUUAUGCAACAGGGAAAAUAAAAAAAAUAUUAUAAUUAAUAGUUUAAUAACAUACAAAUCAAACGACUUUUUAAGGUAAACAUUUCGUAUAUAAAACUUUUAAAACAAUCCAUGCAAACAAUUUAAACAGCGGCACAUGUUUGACGUCCCUUGAUGCCAGACUUGCGGAAACCGGGCUUACAGAC